AUGCCGCACUUCGUGCCGGUCUAUGACCCGGAGAAACCCCGGGCGGAGCAAGACGAUGCGGCGCUUCACAAACACCGCCGCUGGGAAGUGCCGCACGCGGUCCUUCCUCGAAGGCAAUCUCGACACGGCGAGGAAGAACGCGACGAACGCCCGCCGCUGAGGCUAAGCGGGAGGAGGACCGCCGGCGCGCGUCCCUCCAAAAGUGGGGCGCCACGGCCGCGGAGACGCCGGAGAAAUCUCAAGACCCCAACGGUGAAGAGGAGAGCCGGACGCGCGAGAGAUCGAGAAGCAGGAGCUUGCGUGGCGGACGAAGGGACGAGACGCGCGAGAUGGAGCGUCGAGAUGCGCCAGUGUUUCUCCUCCCUUGCAGGUCGCCGGGGUUCUUCGAGCUCUUCGCGGAGUCCAGACGACCGGCGUCGCCACGAGCGGAGUGACAGGCGCGAACGCGAGGAAAUCCGAGACGCCUUGGCGGCGGUCAGUGCUCCGUCGGGGGAAAUCGACAUGUUUGACUACAUGAGCAGAAAACAGAGAGCGAUGCUGAAGAUGCGGGAAACAAGCGAGAGAGGAGGGGACAGGUGGGGGCAAGGACGACGCGCUGCGUCGGGUGGGCAUAGGAGUUACCCGGGCGGGAAAGCAACUGAGAGUCUACGGGGAUUUCCCGCUUCGUCGCGGAGUUGGCGGUGA